AUGGCCUCGCCCGACGCGCCCGCCGGGCUGGACGAGCCCUCGUACAUCGACUACGAAGCCUUCCUCUCUCCCGACUUUUCGCCCGCCGCAUUCGCCAACUCCCUGGUCUUGGCCACCAACAAUCCCACCGACACGCCGCUCGAUCUCUCCACGCCCCUGUCCCGCGUGCUCUUCGACGCGCAGGAGAUCGACUCGCACAUUGACCUGGUGACGACGCGCUCCGCCGUGCCGCUGCUGGAUUUCACCAAGAGGCAGAACCAGGCGAGCAGACGCAUCGUCUCCGAGCUCGGCACGCAGCUCACGGCCCUCAACGACAGCUACAAGCAGCUGGAGAAGGAGGUCGUCGGCAAGCACGCCGCCGCCGACGAGGUGCGCCACGUCGCCCUGCGGCUGUGGGAGACGCUCAGGCUCGGCCGGGCCGUCGGGCGGUGCCUCCAGCUCGGUCGGCAGCUGGAGGUUCAGCACGCGGAGCUCGGCGGCGCCGGAAGCUACGGCGAGGACGGGGCCCUCGUGCGCUGCUCGCACACGGUCCUCUCCCUCCGCGAGGUGCUGGACGCCAAGGCCCCCGGGGAAGAGGGCCACGGCCUGGGCGACAUGGACGCCGUCCGCACCCUCCAGGACGCCCGUGUCGCGCCCAUGGAGCGGGCGGUCCGCGAGACGGCCGAGAGGCUCGUGCGGGACUUUGCCGUGCCCGCAAACACGACCUUCUCCCAGGGCGAGGAGGCCCGCCUCAAGCUCGAGUCGGCAAUGACGGCCCUGUACCUUCUCUCGCCCACCAGCGGCAUCCGGCCCGAGCGCUGGACGCCCCGGCUCCUCCUCGCGGCCCUCGAGGCGUACAUCCGCUCCUCGCUCCAGGCGGGAAUCACGGUUCUCUCGCGAUCCCUCGGCCAGCUGCCGUCCCUCGACCGAGCCCUGGCCGAAGUGACGGCCAAGUGCCAGAACAUCAUUGCCCUCGAAAUCAUCCUUCAGGCCAACAAGCCCCCGCCCCACCCGUUGCUGCCGACCGCGGCGCCGCAAAAUCCGGCACCCUUGAUCCAACUUCUGCUCGCCCACCUCGAGACUGGGUCCUUGGCGUCGUACUUUUGGCGCACCAUGGCAGGCAGCCUGGCCACGCGUGUUCAGGACAUCCUCAGCCGCGGGGGGGUCGUCGCGCGGACCCUGCGAGCGAACAAGGCAAACGUGGCAGACGCCGUCAGGCAGGCAGUCAUUCAGGGCUCUCAGCCGCCCGCGGCGUUUGUCACGGGAAGGAACAAGAGAACCGUGGCCGGGGCGAACUGGGAUAGAGAGGUUGCUGUCAUGGUUGGAAGCGUGACCAACAGCUUGAGAUGA